AUAGUUGCGCGUUGCAGAAUUCCUGUCAGGCGAGCCAGUGAAAGCAGUCUAACCGAAUGGAGCCUGAAAUAACGGAGACAAGUGAGGACCAGACUGUCGAACCACAGAAGCGGACGCGUAUAACCAAGGCAUGUGAUGUCUGCUACAACAAGAAGAUUAAAUGCGAUGGAGCCACUCCACAGUGCGAAUGGUGUGCUCAUCGUGGCUUGCAGUGUUCGUACGAAAGGAGGAUCGUGAGGAAGAGGCGUUCUAAUAGACAGCAUCGCAGCCACCUACUAGACCGAGUCGAUCGACUGGAACGACUCCUGGCCAACGCACUAGCAGAAAAGACAGGUACAUCUCUACCCCGUGAGACCUCAAUAGGUCCUUCAGAGUCAGCAACAGAUACUUCACUCACUAGAGAGGAUGACUUUAACAAUGAAGCACCCGAUAUUUCAACGCCGUCGUCCACUGACCAGCCAGUCCUGGGCUCUCUCCACUUUGCAGGUUGGCGGCUAGGUUCUUUUAACUCAAGGAGCGGCAUUCCGGUGUUUUCGGAGCUUGGGGAAAAUUGGAUCCGCUCGCGUACAGGGCAAGAUGCGUCCCUUGAGCGAAUUACCGCACUUCGCCAGUCCUGGCAUAAUAUGGCCCGCUCAGACUGGGGGUUAUCGGUUGAUGUAGUAAAUGUGCAUUUGCCGAUUGCAAUGCCGGAUCGGCAAGUCGUCGAGAAGUGUUUAGCCCUAUACUGCGAGUCGUUCCUCUGCUGUAUCUUCCCCGUUGUUGACCCUGUUCGACUUCAGACUACAAUUUCUGCGGCCUACUCAUCAACAUCAGGCGCUUCGUCCGAUGACAUACACAAUGCACAGGCUUGUGUAUUUGCUUUUUUGGCAUUUGUGUCAUUCUUCAACGUUUACCAAUCGGUAAACAUAACCUCAGAUGCGGAGAAAUACUCGUGGACGGCGCAUCGAAUAUUGAUGACAUACACUCGACCAGUGACGGCGGAAACAUUGCAGACAUCGUGUAUGCUGAUGUUGUACCAUCUCUUUUCUGGGGACCUUGCCAAUGCUCUUAUCCAAGAUUCGGUGGCUACCCGAAUAGUAUACAUGCUCGGGGCACAUACCACGACCUAUCCUUCGUGUAAUGAUGUGAAAAUUGUAUCCGCAAAUUCUUCAUAUCGCGAGCGAUAUCUACUGCGGAACAUUUUCUGGUUGAUUUACAUGAUGGAUAAAGAGUUAUCACUGCGAACGGGACAGCCGCCGUGUCUGCAAGAUGAGCAUUGUGAUAUUAGUUUUCCACCAACCUACGCUCGGCGGAUCUUUUCGCAAAUGAUGGGCUUUGGGACAGAAACGGAUCUCGGCACUGUAUACCCCUUCCCUGGUUCCCCGGAGUUGAGCAUCAUCAAAUCGAAGGCCUACAACGCUCUAUACUCUGCUCGCGCAUUGAGGAAAACGGAUGCGGAGAUCUUGAGAGACAUUCGUGAGCUAGACGAUGACCUUGAAUGUUGGAGGCUAUCUGUCCCCCUAUCAUACAGACCCACUGUUGCAUUUGCGCGCGCGACACUACCAGAGGAUGUGUUGGUUAUGCCUUCGACAAUGCUGCAUCUAGACUAUAACCAUUGCGUUGCUGCUAUUCACCAGGCAACAAGCAGAUGCCAGGCUUGGAUUUCUGGAAAUCAGGAUGCAAUGGACGGCGUGGGGAGCAGUCUAGAGUUGAGCAUCGAGGCUAGUCGGUCGUCGUUGGUCUAUCUCCAAAUGGCAAGCCAUCUCCUCGACGAGAAUAGCUUUUGGAUGGUCCUCUACUACCCGAUGUCGGCCCUCCUCACUCUCUUCUACGGCAUUCUUCACCGACCUCUCGCGCCGCAAUCUCACAAAGACCUUGAGCUAUUGAGGAGCGUUCCAUCCAUGAUUCGAAGAAUCCCAAUAAGUCGCUGGAUGGAAAAAGCAGUUCGCCAGAUCCAGGCUGUAGAUGAAUUGGUUGCAGAACUAACGACCCUCGGACAGAGCGCAAUCGACAAAGCAACACGGGAAACGGAAACAAGACGAGACAAUGGAUCUUGCUCGGUAAUUAGCCUUAUAAACAAGAACUAGACUGGAUUACAGGAGUACCAGGCGCCUUGCCCACAUGCCGCCACCUUUAUCGAGAGGCAUUUUCUCUUUAGCUGUCCAGACUUGUGAGGGAAUUCGAUGAUAUUACAUAGAUACCGGCAACCUUUG